GGGCGGGGUUACAGCUCGACCUCUGGGGCGCCCAGAAUUGGACGAAUCCCGUUCGUCGCCCUCGGCGUCAGGACCGAUGCUCCGCCUCCUCGCCCCGGUUCCAGCAGUUGGUAUGGUCCGUGACAGUAUGGCUGCGGCACUUCGUCCUGGCAGUGGAGUUCUCCUGCAGGCCCUGCAGAUUUCGGUGUAUCCUGGGGUGGGAGGCUCCGGCUCUGCCUGCUGCCGCUGCCCUCUCGGAGCUAAAAGAUACCUACUUACAGAUAACAUUGUGAAACUAAAAGAAUUUCAGCAUAAGAAAGUGGCCAUUGCAUGUAAUCUUCCUGGCACGAAAGAAACCUAUUUUAGAAACUUGGAAGAGAAACUGAGCCAGAACAAGCUCAUCUUGAAGGAGGAAUUGAUAACCUUACUUCAUUUGUGUGAGUCCCGGGACCAUGUGGAGCUGGCUAAAAAUGUCAUUUACAGGUACCAUGCAGAGAACAGAAAUAUCACUCGUGGGGAGUAUAAGUUCGGACCACUUUUCAUGAGGCUGUGUUACGAGUUGGAUCUUGAGGAAUCCGCAGUGGAGCUCAUGAAAGACCAGCAUUUGCAUGGUUUCUUCUCAGACUCCACAUCAUUCAACAUUUUGAUGGAUAUGUUAUUUAUCAAAGGCAAAUAUAAAAGUGCUUUGGAAGUCUUGAUAGAGAUGAAAAACCAAGAUGUGAAGUUCACUGUAGAUACCUAUGUUCUUGCUUUUGCAAUUUGCUAUAAACUGAAUAGCCCUGAGUCUUUUAAAAUCUGUUCUACAUUAAGAGAAGAAGCCCUACUCAAAGGAGAAAUUCUCCCCAGGAGAGCAUCCUGUUUCGCCGUGGCAUUAGCUCUGAAUCAGAAUGAGGUGGCACAAGCUAUGUCCAUUUUUUCUCAAAUCAUGAAUCCAGAAAGCAUAACCUGCACUAAUUUAAAUAUUAUACUCCAUAUCCAGUUAAAUAUGUUGGAAAACGUGAUAGAGAUACUAAAAAAUGCUACAGAAGGAAAUUUAUCAAAAUAUGUGAAGAGACAGGUGUUCUCAGAGGAAGUGCUGGCCAAAGUGAGGGAAAAAGUGAAGGAUGUGCCUGCUCUUGUGGCCAAAUUUGAUGAGCUGUAUGGGAAACUGCACGUUAGUGGCCAAGUCACCACUUAUUCUUUGGAUGCUGUGCUCUGCCACAUCCCUGGGGGCAGGAAAUCCCACAUGUUUCUAUUAAACAAGAGAAUGGUCAGCCGUCGCACCUUCCAGCCACUCGGCCAGUCCCUGUUUGCUGAGUAAUCCUGGUUUCAGUCCAUCUAUGGAUCUGAAGGGCCUGCUUCUAGUGUUAUUGCCUUUCCUAAGAAGCCAGGCAUUGCACUUCAGCAGACACUGUGCUGACACUUGGUCUUCUGAAAUUCCCAAAUUCACUGAAUGGCGGCAUGCCAAUCUCUGAGAAGUUAUGUUGCACCACUGUGAAGGUCUAGAUGCAAGCUUGUCUCCCUCAGAAAGGUGCAUCCCUUGUGCAGUGCUGAGGAUUCUUGAAGGAACAUGGUCAGUCUCUAAUCCAGCUUCCGGCACCAGAGUGGAACCCAGUAAGCACCAUCAGGAAUGAAUUUCACUACAAGUGUGGUCAACUCUGAUUUUCAAGGGAGUAGUUACUUGCAAAUUACAUCCUUGCUGGAUUCAGGAGGUCUGAAACCCUAUUCUACCAUGUUAGAAAACAGCCCAGGAUUUUCUCAUUGCCAUCAUAUAUGUCUAUGACUUGAGCCCUCAUUUUUCCAUCUGCAAAACAAUAAUGCCUAUGUGUAUUUGCAUACAGAUUUGAAAUCUUCAUUCAAGUUUCAGUAGGAUCAGAUUUUCUCAAAAAUAAAUAAGGUUCAGAAGCAAACUUGAUGGGAUUGUGAUGGGUCUGUCUUCUCAGCAGCACAAACAAAACCAGAAUUUAGCCUUUAGAACUGCUAAGUAAGCUAAAUUUAAAUGAUGACUGUUUUGAUCACGGGCAAGCCAUGUGCUUUUCAAAAUAAGUGCCACUAAAAGCCACAUAAUGCUUAGGUUACUAUGUGGAUAAUAAAUUGUCCUACAGUUUAUCUUAUAUGUUAAUGAUUUUUCUCUCUUGAAUGCGAUAUUUAAAAAAAAUGUAGCAUGAGAGCAGUUCAAAGCUACUUCAUACUUAUGAUGGUCUGAAAUACAGUAUGUGCUGAAUUUUACCUUACCUGGUCACCAGUGAGCAGAAAAUACAUGGUGACCUCGCCUCACUUGCUCCUUUUGUUUCAGAAAGCCCAGAGGGCUGCUCAGACCCAGCUCUUUGCCGGGAUUGCUGCAGGCUCUUCAUUGCCACCUCCAAAACUAAGACUGUUCACUUGGUGAUUGUUCUGAGGCAAGGAUUAUAGAGUCAGAAAUUGUAGACUAGGAGGAGUCUUCUGAGUCUCCUAAUUACUGCCUUCAUCCUUCAGGUUAAGGAAAUGAUCCACUCAAGACAGCCCCAAUAUCACCUGUAGACUGUGUCUCAGAGAGUCACAGCCUCAGGUUUGCCAAAUCCAGGUCUGAGAUCACAAUUCCACCUGAGAACAGGAUCCAGAGAUGAGAGUCACGAAUGGCAUAAUUGAUUUGUGGUAGAGCUGAGAUAGAAUCCAGAUUCCUAGUCUAGUAUCCUUCCCACUGUACCAUGUUAUGCCUUUUCAGAGGGGAAAAAGGAGCAUCUCCUAAGAAAUAGAAUACUAAGGGCUCCCAUGACUUACUGUGUGGCCCUGGGCAUUCUCAGUUUCCUUAUUUGGUAAAAGGAAUAACAGUACCUACCUCUUGGGCUUGGUGUGAGGAUGAAAUGAGGAAGGGAAUAUAAAGCAAGCAGAUAGUGGCUGGCACAUAGUACAUGCAAUAUAUUUGCAACUAGUUAAGGAAUUAUAGAAACAAAUGAGUUCUUUCUGCUCAAAAAUAUUGGAAGAAUUUCUUUUCCUUGUGCUCUGUGAAACACUGGACAGCCCCAUUUAGAGAAACAAAUUCUCUGCCCUCAUAGAAUCCUAAUUGUUUCUGUGUGUGUCUGGUGUUUUGCACAUGCAAAAAAAAAAAGUGCUUGGAUUUCUCCACCUUCACUCUUAGGGAAUAAUGGGGCAUGCUUCCUGUCCCCUCAGCUUACUUUUUAUCUUCUCCACUUCUCACAGUUCAAAUUGCUCUAAUGCUCUGGGUGAGUGUGGCCCUGGUUUUUAGCUAACGACCAUUCAUUAGCAAAAUCACCAAAUAUUGUGAGCAAUAAAUAGCAACAAGCUUCCCAGUCCCUGCACCAGGAGGUGGCUGGUGCUUAGCCAACUGGAAAAACUGGUCCAUUCCACCUGUUCCCCCUCAAAGCCUUAGCACAGAGGUAACUAACGUGUAUAAUGUUCACCCCAAUGUAGCAGAUGAUUCUAAAGUCUUAAACAAUAGUGUUCAAUAUAGGUUAUGGUGGGCAUUUCAUUCUUUAAAAUUCAGUAAUUCAUUUGGAAAAAAUGGUGUGUAUUUGUAAGUAGUAGUUUGCCUAAAUCAUUUGCUUAACCUUUUUUUUUUUCUCUUUUGGGUUUGUUUUUUUUUUUUUGAGAUACAGUUUCACUCUGUCACCCAGGGUGGAGUGCAGUUGUGUGAUCUCAGCUCAUUCAACCUCUGCCUCCUGUGUUCAAGUGAUUCUCAUGCCUCAGCCUCCUGAAGUAGCCAGGAUUACAGUUGUGCACCACCAUACCUGGCUCUUUUUUUUGUAUUUUUUUUUUUAGUAGAGAUGGGGCUUCACCAUGUUGGCCAGGCUGGUCUCGAACUCUUAUCCUCAAGUGAUCUGCCUGCCUUGGCCUUCCAAAGUGCUAAGAUUACAGGCAUGAGCCACCACACCUGGCCUACUUAGUCUGUUAAUGAGAAUAUUUGAUUGGACAAAACAUCUUAUUCUUUAACUCUGUUAUGUGCUUUUGUAGAUUGUUUUUACUUACCAUAGAUGUCUGUUGCUGCAGAAUCCCAAAAAUCAGUAUGGUAAGUUUAGCACAGUUACUAAAAGGAGACAAAAAAAGAUCUUUUUAAUUAGGUGAUAUCAGGAAUAGUUCUGGUUAUUGAUUGCGGUGUGAAAAAACACUCCAAAACUCAGUGGCUUUAAACACCAUUCAUUGAGUUAUUCUCAUUAUCCUAGGUUCUGACUGGGCUCAGCCAGACAGUUCUUAUUUAGGUUCUCCUGCAGUUUUAGUCAUCAGAUUGUUGCUGGGACUGGAAUCAUCUCAAAGCCUUGCUUAGUAUUUCUGGCAAUUGAUGCUAGGACCUCAGCUAGUGCUGGGGCUGGAACGUCUACAUGUAGCUUCCCCAAAGCAAGGUGGUUAGGUAUUAGGAGUGACUGUCCCAAGGGUAGGACCUUUUAUGACCUACUCUCAGAAGUCAUAACAUCACUUCCACUAAAGUCCCAAUGGCCCCCCAACCAGAUUCAAAGGGAGGGAGCAUAUAUCCCAUCUCAGUGGUAGGAAUUUCAAAGAAUAAAUUCUGUGAAACUGUCAUAGAUAGUCUGUUUUCUCCCCUGUUUAAAACCUGAGGACCUCACAUGCUUCUGGAUAAAGCUCAUCCUCUUCAACAUGGUUUAGAAGGUCCUUCCUAAUCUGGCCCACGUUUGUCCAUCCAGCUCCAAUUCUUGCUAUUCCCCACCCCUCUUCCCUCCUUGUGGGAUGGCUAACGACUCAUCAUUCAGGUCUCAGCUUAGACAUCUUUUUGUCUGGGAAGGCUUUCUGGUCUAGCUCACCUGGUUAGGUGCCCCGUGUACCACUUAUCAAAGCACUCAUCAUAUGCCUGUCAGUGUCUGUUUUCUUCAGUAGACUCAGGUACCAUGUCUGUCCUUUUCUCCUCUGCUGGGUGCCUAGCAUGGUAGGGGAUGUGUGAGAGGAUUAGUACUUAUUAACUCACCAGCUCAUUUAACUAUAUAAUAAUGUUGGUGGUCAUCUUGGUCCCCCAUGGACAACUUUUCCUCUCCAAAUACCAUAUGCUUAGUGCAGGGUCUAAAUGUCCCCCUAAACUCAUAUGUUAUAUCCAAAUCCCCAAGGUGUUGUUAUUAGAUGAUGUAGCCUUUGGGAGGGAAUUAAGGUGGGACCCUCAUGAAUGGGAUUUGUGCCAUUAUAAAACAAGCCCAAAGAAAUUUGGUAGCCCCUUCCUUUAAGCGAGGACAUGGCAAAAAGGCAUGAACCAAAAAGUGGGCCCUCACUAGACACCAAAUGCUGGCGACUUGUUCUUGGAUUUCCCAGCCUUCAGAACUGGUAGAAAUAUAUUUCUGUUAUUUUUAAG